AUGGAAAGCAUUGAAGCCAAGUUCCCUGAAAACCCACCUCUGAAAACACACAAACUUGUCCUCGUUGCACAAAUUUGCUUGAGAAUUCUGGCGAUUGCGACCGCAUUGGCUGCCACAUGGGUGAUGGUUACUUCCAAGGAAACCAUUGUGGUUUUUGGUUUCCAACUCGAUGCUCGAUAUAGCUAUUCUUCUGCUUUCAAGUUCUUCGCGUUUGCAAAUGCCGUUGCAUGUGCCUUCACUUUCCUCUCCUUGUUGUUUGUGUUCUUCUUUGGCCGCCAUGGCUUGACUCCUACAAGCUACUUCUUAUUGUUCCUACACGAUUUGUUUAUAAUGUCGCUGAUGCUUUCCGGUGUGGCGGCUGGGACUGCAAUCGGAUACGUAGGCCGCUACGGUAACAGCCAUACUGGUUGGCUGCAAAUCUGCGACCGUUUGAUCAAAUUCUGCCACAGGGUGACCACUUCUAUGAUAUUCUCGUUUCUCUCAGUCGUUUGCUUGCUGGCGCUUACCAUCGUCUCCGCCAGCAAGUCUAGACACAUCAAGGAGGAAGAGUGGUCUUGUAUGGAGAUCAAAGAGUAUUGUUGGGUAGCCAAGGAUGAGUUGCCUGAAUCCAAACAGGAUUCUGAGGGAAGGGAAGGCGAAAGAUAUAAUGCCAAUGAGCCUUUGAUUCAGCAGCGUCUAUAUUUUCAGAGAUCAUUGACAAAUCAUGUGCCUAAGAUUUCCAUCAUCUCCAUUGUUGUUCUGUUGGCUUGUCUAGUUGCUUCACCCCCUUCAAAACCAAGUUCUGUCAAAGGCGAUAUUGAAGACCUUAAGAAUCAGCAUUUAACUUGGAGAUGA